AUGGCUCUCGGACCUACCGACAUUCACGCGAAGACCAAGACCACAUGGCACAUCGGCUCAUGGGGUAACCCUUACGAGGGCGGUGGUCGACCCGGAAAGGGCGUCGUCACCUACGCACUGAGCCCCAACCGUCAGCGCCCCAUGGCUACCUUCAUCGGCAAGGGCUUCUGGAACGUCGUGCGCCGCUCAAGGAACCAGGUUCUCUACUUCAUCCCACCACUGGCUAUCGCAUACGGCACCAUGCAGUGGGCUAUCGAGAGGAACGAGUUCCUCAACUCCAAGACCGGCCGUGCCAUGUUCGGCGACGAGGAGUAA